AUGUCGCGCGCAUCGAAGCUCACUCUGGGGGGGACGUCUCUCUUCGCGGCAUGCACAAUCGCCUUUGUGCACUUCCAGCAGAAAUGGGAAAAAGAUGCUAUGCAUGAGGGUGUCGUGCGCGACAUGGAACAGCAACGGGUCAAGAGGGAGAGACAACUCGAUUUCGAUAUGCAAAAGGCCCUUGAGGAGGAGUACAAGCAGCAUCAGACUGUGCGGGAUUCUACGACAGAUGCGGAAGCCAAAGAGGCGCCGAGAUGA